ACUAUUCAUCUUCAUCUGCAGAAAUGGUGUCCCAACCCAUUUUCCAUCAAGUCCUUUUGCCAUUUCUUUUCUGUAUCACAACUCUUUCCUUGGUUGUUGCCGAUCCCACAGAUGGCUUCACCCAUGUUCCAUCACCUAGCUCCAACUUUCAUCAAAAGCAUUACGAUGUUCCACAAAAUCAGUGUUACACCUUUUCAAAUGGAAUACACAGAUUUUGGGCAUACACGAACAAAUCUCUCACGUCUAGCAACGGAACUAGAGCCCGAUGUGAGCUUCGUAUCGGGAACUAUUAUACAUCUGGUGUGUUGCAAUUUGAAGGGUAUUUCUACAUUCCCAGUGGCACAAGCGGUGCGAGCAUCCAGCAAGUAGUGUCCAGUGCAAUCACAACCUCUCAGACUAGGGUCUAUAAUGGAUCUCUCACUCAUUACUUAUCACCUACUCUUGCACUAAACAUCUACAAUAACUGGUACCGUUUUAAUUUAAUCCAUGAUGUGGGUGCCAACAACGUGAAGAUUUUUAUCAACGGGGCACAGAAAUUUGCUGGAAAUGGUCAAGGAACAGGCCCUCACUACAUGAAGAUAGGAGUUUACGCACAUGAGAGUGCUUCCCACUACUUGGAAUCUCGAUGGAGAGAUAUCAAGCUUCUUAGAAGAUAA